AUGAGAUCUAGCCAAAUCACCAACGCCCUGGUGGCGCUCUCCGUGUCCUUGCUGGCUGGCACCGCAUCGGCUUCCACCUUCGAGGCUCGCGAUGUCCAGCUCACGGCCCAGCAGAUCGAGGCCAUCGCGCCCACCUCCAACACCUGCGACGGUGCCCCCAACCCUGACGAGUGCGCCACCUCAGAGCAGGCGGCCCUGAACAUCGCCAAAUCCUUCGAGACCUACGAGGUCACUUCCCCUGCCGAGCAGGCCGCCGUCAUCGGCCUGAUGGCCUUUGAGAGUGGUGACUUCAAGUACAACCGCAACCACUAUCCCGGUGUCCCAGGACAAGGCACCCGCAACAUGCAAUCCCCCGCCUUCAACGCCCAAUACGCCGCCUCCCUCUCCGGCAUCGCCGACCAGGCCGUGUCCCUCGCCGCUGACCCCGCCGGACUCCUUGACCUUCUGCUGGAAGACGAGGCUAAGGACUUCGGUUCCGGCGCCUGGUUCCUCACCUCCCAGUGCACUCCGGACGUGCGCACUCAGCUGCAGUCCGGGUCGGUGGACGGCUGGGCUAGCUUCAUCAGUGGCUGUGUGGGUACUGAAGCCAGCGGGGAUCGUCAGGCUUAUUGGCAGCGCGCGGUCGAGGCGUUGGGGGUUCAGAAUGCUUAG